AUGUCGCGGCGCAAGCAGGCGAAGCCCCAGCACCUCCGGUCGGACGAGGAGCUGCCGCCGCCGGACGUGGCCUCCGAGCACGCCAUCCCGGGGGAAGGCGCAGAUGACGGUGACAGUGGGAACGAGAGCCGGAGUGGGAGCGAGGAGACCAACGUGUGCGAGAAGUGCUGCGCCGAGUUCUUCAAGUGGACUGACUUCCUGGAGCACAAGAAGAACUGUACCAAGAACCCGCUGGUGCUGAUCGUGAACGAAGAUGAGCCGGCGCCACCCUCCGAAGAGUUUCCGGAACCUUCUCCCGCCAGCUCUCCCAGCGACCAGGCAGAGAGCGAGGGUGCUGAAGAGGCUGCUCCGGCGGAGGCUGCUGAGGGCGGCGAGCUGAAGGCCUCGGAGAAGGAGGAGGAGCCCAUGGACGUGGAGAGCCCUGGAGACAAAGGCUACCCGAGCCAAGGCCCCACGACCGCAGUGAAGCCUCCUCUACCUCAGGGCCCCGAGCCGACGGCCAUGGCCAGUUACAGCAUGCCAAACACCAACGUGACACUGGAGACGCUGCUGAGCACGAAGGUGGCAGUUGCCCAGUUCUCCCAGAGCACCCGGGCGGCGGGGGGUGCGGGCCCAGGUGGUGGGGUCUCGGCCGUGGCCAUUCCGGUGAUCCUGGAGCAGCUGGUGGCCCUGCAGCAGCAGCAGAUCCACCAGCUGCAGCUCAUCGAGCAGAUCCGCAGCCAGGUGGCCAUGAUGAGCCGCCAGCCGCUGCGGCCCCCCCUGAACCCUGGGGCGGCCUCUGCCACACCAAGCACACCUGUGCCCACCGCCAGCCAGCUUCAGGGCUUUGCCACCCACCCUGCCCUCCAGCUCUCUGCUGGGGUACCCCCUGCCACUACAGGGUCAACCCCCAGUGCCCUGCCGGCCGCCUACGAGGGCCCCCCACUCCUAUCACAGCCCACCUCCGGGGCCAGCACCCCAGGCGCCCCCAGCAGCGGCCCCAUGGCCCCCGCAGAGUCCAGUGUCUCCACAUCUUCCAGCACGGCCCCUUCCUCAGUGAGCCCUCCCUCCGUGUCAAACGUUGCCAGCAGCUCCUCCCGGCCGCAAAAUGCCCCCACGCCCCCGGCCCUGGGACCUGGGACUCUCCUCACCUCGGCUUCCAGUCUGCCAAACCCACUUCUACCUCAGACCUCAUCAAGUAGCGUCAUUUUUCCCAACCCGCUGGUCAGCAUCGCGGCCACAGCCAACGCGCUGGACCCCCUCUCGGCCCUCAUGAAGCACCGCAAAGGGAAGCCCCCUAACGUGUCCGUAUUUGAGCCCAAGGCAAGCUCCGAGGACCCUUUCUUCAAGCACAAGUGCAGGUUCUGUGCCAAGGUCUUCGGCAGCGACAGCGCCUUGCAGAUCCACCUACGCUCACACACAGGGGAGCGGCCCUUCAAGUGCAACAUCUGCGGCAACCGGUUCUCCACGAAAGGCAACCUGAAGGUUCACUUCCAGAGGCACAAGGAGAAGUACCCCCACAUCCAGAUGAACCCAUACCCCGUGCCGGAAUACCUCGACAACGUGCCCACUUGCUCCGGAAUUCCCUACGGAAUGUCCCUGCCUCCAGAAAAGCCUGUGACCACCUGGCUGGACAGCAAGCCGGUGUUGUCGACGGUCCCCACAUCCCUGGGGCUACAGCUCCCGCCCACCGUUCCUGGCUUCACUGACUCACCCAGCCUCACACCCAUGAACCACUCCCCACAGAGGCCCUCUCCUGCCUCCAGCGAGUGCACCUCCCUGUCUCCUGGCCUCAACAACUCUGAGUCUGGUGGCACGGUGGUGGCCGAGUCCCCACAGCCCGCCCUCAGUGCAGCCUCUCUGACCAAAACUGAGCCCCUCGGACUGCCUCCCACAAACGCCAGGGCCGGGGACCCCCCCACCAGUGGGCAGGCCACCACCGCACCCAUGCCCGUGGCCAACACAGCCGCUGACAGCAGUGUGUCCUCAAGCCUCUCAAACCCAGUGCUUCCGGCAGUCUCGGACCAAUUUAAGGCAAAGUUUCCAUUUGGUGGCCUGCUUGACUCUAUGCAAACAUCCGAAACCUCAAAGCUGCAGCAGUUGGUGGAGAACAUUGACAAGAAAAUGACAGACCCCAACCAGUGUGUCAUCUGCCACCGGGUGCUGAGCUGCCAGAGCGCCCUCAAGAUGCACUACCGGACGCACACCGGAGAGCGGCCGUUUAAGUGCAAAAUCUGCGGCCGGGCCUUCACCACCAAAGGCAACCUGAAGACACAUUUCGGCGUACACCGGGCAAAGCCACCACUCAGGGUGCAGCACUCCUGCCCCAUCUGCCAGAAGAAGUUCACCAACGCUGUGGUCCUGCAGCAGCACAUCCGCAUGCACAUGGGGGGGCAGAUCCCCAACACACCGCUGCCGGAGGGCUUCCAGGAGGCCAUGGAUGCUGAGCUCCCCUACGACGAGAAAAGCGCUGACGCCUUGAGCAACUACGACGAUGACAUGGAUGAGAACUCCCUGGAGGAGGACCCGGAGCUUAAGGACCCGGUGGGUGAUGCGUCCAAGCCCCUCCUGGCAUUCUCUGGCUCCUGCCCGCCGUCCCCGCCUUCGGUCAUCUCCAGUAUCGCUGCCCUGGAGAACCAGAUGAAGAUGAUCGACUCGGUCAUGAGCUGCCAGCAGCUGACCAGCCUCAAGUCCCUGGAGAACGGAUCUGGGGAGAGCGACCAUCUGAGCAACGACUCCUCGUCAGCCGCAGGAGACCUGGAGAGCCAGAGUGCGGGUAGCCCCGCCACGUCUGAGUCGUCGUCCUCCAUGCAGGCGCUGUCUCCCACCCACAGCAACGGCGAGAGCUUCCGGUCCAAGUCCCCUGGCCUCAGCAACCAGGAGGAGCCCCAGGAAAUACCGCUAAAGACGGAAAAGCCGGACAGCCCCGCCUCCGCUGCUGAGAAUGGAGGCGCCCUGGACCUGACAGCUGCCACUCCAGGUCGGCCUGUGGUCAAGGAGGAAGCCCCCUUUAGCCUGCUGUUCCUGAAUAGAGAACGGGGUAAGUGUCAAAGCACUGUUUGUAAUAUCUGUGGCAAGCCUUUUGCUUGCAAGAGUGCAUUGGACAUUCACUACCGCAGCCACACUAAGGAGCGUCCCUUUGUCUGCUCAGCCUGCAGUCGUGGGUGCUCCACUAUGGGUAAUUUAAAACAGCACGUACUGACGCACAAAUUAAAAGAGCUGCCUUCUCAGUUAUUUGAACCCAACUUUGCUCUAGGUCCCAGCCAAAGUUCUCCUAGCCUGGUCACCAGCACCGCGCCCACCAUGAUCAGGAUGGAAGUGAACGGCCACAGCAAGCCUGUCUCACUGGGCGAGGGCCCCCCGCUCCCAGCCGGAAUCCAGGUCCCUGCCGGGCCACAGACAGUGAUGAGCCCUGGCGUCACCCCCCUGCUGACCCCCCCGCCGCGCCGGACCCCCAAGCAGCACAACUGUCAGUCGUGCGGGAAGACCUUCUCCUCAGCCAGUGCUCUGCAGAUACAUGAGCGCACCCACACUGGGGAAAAGCCCUUUGGCUGCACAAUCUGUGGUAGAGCUUUUACCACAAAGGGGAAUCUCAAGGUUCACAUGGGAACUCACAUGUGGAAUAACGCCCCUGCCAGACGAGGCCGCCGGCUCUCGGUGGAAAACCCCAUGGCCCUGUUAGGGGGUGAUGCCCUGAAGUUUUCCGAAAUGUUCCAAAAGGAUUUGGCAGCUCGAGCCAUGAAUGUUGACCCCAACUUUUGGAACCAGUAUGCAGCAGCUAUCACAAAUGGUCUUGCCAUGAAGAACAAUGAGAUUUCUGUCAUACAGAAUGGGGGUAUCCCCCAGCUCCCAGUAAGUCUCGGCGGCAGCGCCAUCCCCCCUCUGGGCAACCUCAGUGGCGGGAUGGACAAGGCACGCACCGGCAGCAGCCCCCCCACUGUAGGCUUGGACAAAGCGAGCUCAGAGGCGGGGGCCAGCCGCCCGUUCACAAGGUUCAUUGAGGACAAGGAGAUCGGUAUAAACUAG